AUGAAGAAGAAACAACAUCAACAUAACCAAGAUUUAGAAUUGUUGAAAGCAGUUGCACAAGCUUGGUACAAUCACUCCGGAAGUGUUAAACCUUUGAGCGAAUUCGACGCGCGCCGAAGAAAUUUCAAAGGUAGGCCUUCAAGGUUUAAGCUAGAAACAUUAACAAAUUCUUCAUCAACAAAGGACACAGGCACUUCAACUUAUUGUUGUGAUUUUCAACACUCACUUUGGGAUCCUUAUGAGCUUGUAACGGUUUCGAGAAGGAUUGAAACAGGGUUGGCCUUAGAUAAUCCAUUUGAUGAUUUUUGUGUUUCUACAUCGGUUCAAUUGAAAGGUAAGAGGGAGAGUAAGAAUAGUCUUAGAAAUCUGUUUAAUAAUAUGUCUUCUAGGAGAUUUAAUGUCCCUAAAUUUUCUACUGAAAAAUGA